AUGGCACGCCAUUCAAUUACUGGUGCCUUGCAUAGUUUCUUCUGUAAAGGAGAUGCCGCUCUUGCUCAACCCUUAGUCGAGGUGGUAUAAACUUAUACAAAAGCCUUAUGAGGAAGGUGAUGGACGUGGAUUAAAACUGGUGUGCAGUCCAUUUUAAGGCCAAUAAUGUUAAGGACAAAAUCGAGCACAGAUGCAGAAGGCAGGCCAAUUCUUGUGCUUCCUCCUGCACAAGUUGAAGUCCUUUACUGUGAGCUGUCAGCAGCUGAGAAGGACUUCUAUGAGGCUCUUUUUAAGAGAUCUAAGGUAAAGUUUGAUAUGUUUGUGGAGCAAGGGCGGGUUCUUCACAAUUAUGCUUCAAUUUUGGAGUUGCUUUUACGCCUUCGGCAGUGUUGCGACCAUCCCUUCCUUGUCAUGAGUCGAGGUGAUACACGAGUUCUCAGACCUCAACAAACUUGCAAAACAUUUUCUGAAAGGAAAAUUAUAAAUAAGCCGGAUCUUAUUACUGCUCCCACCGACUGUCGUUUUCAAAUUGAUGUUGAGAAGAACUGGGUUGAAUCUUCAAAGGUUUCUGUUCUCCUUCAGGAAUUAGACAAACUUCGCCCUUUAGGUGCCAAAAGUAUCAUAUUUUAG